AUACGUGUUUACGUUCAUCUACACGUUUGAAGCAAUGAUCAAAAUUCUGUCGAGAGGAUUUUGCAUCGGAGGAUUCACCUUCCUCAAAGACCCCUGGAACUGGCUGGACUUCAUGGUCAUCAGCAUGGCGUAUCUGACAGAGUUUGUAGAUUUGGGAAAUGUUUCUGUGUUGAGGACAUUCAGAGUUCUUCGAGCUCUGAAGACGAUCACCGUCAUCCCCGGUCUGAAGACGAUUGUCGGCGCUCUGAUCCAGUCCGUGAAGAAGCUGGCUGAUGUCAUGAUCCUGACGCUGUUCUGCCUCUGCGUCUUCGCUCUGAUUGGUCUGCAGCUCUUCAUGGGAAACCUGCGGCAGAAAUGUGUCCUAAUACCGCCACUGACGCUUGGCAACCACACGGCGGACAUUGACCCUGACACUGGUUUCUAUGGAAACAUUACAGGAAACAGCACAGGAAGCAGCAAUGACUCUUAUUACUUUGAGCACAUCAACAACCCAGACAACUACUACCACCUUCCUGGUCAACUUGAUGCUCUGCUGUGUGGAAACAGCUCAGAUGCCGGGGCCUGUCCCGAUGGUUACGUCUGUCUGAAGGCCGGGAGGAACCCAAACUACGGAUACACCAGCUACGACACAUUUGGUUGGGCCUUCCUGUCUCUGGUCCGACUGAUGACACAAGACUUCUGGGAAAACCUCUUCCAGCUGACGCUGCGAGCAGCAGGGAAAACCUACAUGAUCUUCUUCGUGGUCAUCAUCUUCCUCGGCUCGUUCUACCUCAUUAACCUCAUCCUGGCUGUGGUCGCCAUGGCGUACGCCGAGCAGAAUGAGGCGACCAUCGCGGAGGCCAAACAGAAGGAGGAAGAGUACGCUCAGAUCCUGGAGAUGCUGAAGAAGAGAGAGGAAGAGCAGGCGGCCUGCAGGGCGGCACUCUCAGAGACUCAAGAUUCAGCACCACGGAAGAAUUCAUCUGCUGAAAUAAAUACCCACGAGCAAGAACACACUGCGAUGGAAGAGUUUGCGGAUGAACAGAGGCCGUGUCCCCCGUGUUGGUACGCCUUCUCCACAUCUUCCUGAAGUGGAACUGCUGUG